AAAACAAAUAGAGGACGUUCACAAUGUAGCUAGCUAAGUAUUGAAUCUAAACAGUAGUGGUGGCUUGAAUUGUACAGCCAGAGACGCUUUAGUUUUAGGCUCGAGGCUCUUUGGUACAGCGAAGUUGACGUUAGCUAGCCGAAACUCCUGUAGAAAUAAUUACUUUACAUCUUGGGUAAUGUAGUUCACGUAACGGACGCCGCAGGUUGACCACUGUAAAUCUUGGUGUGCCAAGAAACAUAUUGUCCAGAAGCCCCCGGGGCGGUCAAGCCGAGCUACGCAAGGAAUCAUGAAUUACGCUCGGUUUCUGACAGCCGUCAGCGCAGCUAGAAAGCCCUCCCCUAUCAGGAUGCUUACUGAGCUGCAGCAGCGGUCACCUCCGUCCCUGAUCUCUUUGGCGGGAGGAGCGCCCAACCCCAACACUUUCCCCUUCCAGUCAGCAUCCAUUAAGUUGAAGAACGGACAGACGCUCACCUUUGAUGAUGCAGCGAUGAAGAGGGCUCUGCAGUACUCUGCCUCUAAUGGAAUACCCGAGCUGCUGACGUGGAUGAAGAACCUGCAGAAGGACCUCCACAACCCACCGACCGCUGGUUACACCCCUGAGAAUGGCCAGAUGGAUAUGUGUGUGACCACGGGGAGCCAGGAGGGGCUCUGUAAGGUGUUUGAGAUGCUGGUCAACCCUGGAGACAACGUUCUGCUGGAUGCACCCACCUAUUCAGGCACUCUGGCAGCGCUCCAGCCGCUCGGUUGCAACUUAAUCAACGUCCCCAGCGAUCAGCACGGCAUGAUACCCGCAGCCCUGAAGGAGGUUUUGUCUCGGUGGGACCCCUCAGACGUCCAUAAGCCCAGCAGCACUGCCCCCAAGAUCCUCUACACCAUCCCCAACGGAGGAAACCCCACCGGUGCCUCCAUGACGGCUCAGAGGAAGCAGGAAGUGUAUGAGCUGGCCAGGCAGUACGACAUGCUCAUCAUUGAGGACGACCCAUACUUCUUCCUGCAGUUUGACAAGCCGUGGGCUCCCACGUUUCUCUCCAUGGAUGUCGACGGGAGGAUCAUCAGGACAGACUCCUUCUCUAAGAUCCUGUCUUCAGGGCUGAGGAUAGGUUUUGUAACCGGUCCCAAACCGCUGGUGGAUAGGGUGGUGCUGCACAUCCAGGCCUCCACUAUGCACACUAGUACCUUCACGCAGCUCAUGGUGUCUCAGUUGUUGCACAGUUGGGGCCAAGCCGGUUUCAUCCAACACAUAGAGGGGGUGAUUGAGUUUUACAGGAAACAGCGUGAUGCCAUGAUCACCUCUGCAGACAAGUGGCUUAAAGGUGUAGAUGUAGCAGAGUGGUACACCCCAUCAGCAGGCAUGUUCCUGUGGAUUAAGCUAAAGGGCAUAACCGAUACCCAACAGCUCAUUAUGAAGAAAGCCUUGGAGAAAGAGGUGCUGCUGGUUCCCGGAGGUGUCUUCAUGAUCACAGUGGUGACCCUGUCCCUACGUCAGAGCAGCCUUUUCUCUCUCUACACCAGAGCAGAUUGAUGAGGCUUUCAGAAGACUCUCCUCUCUCAUCAAAGAAGCUUUGUGAUCAAACUUCUAAUUUGUAAAAAAAAAUAGUUUUUUCUCAGCUUAAAUAUAUUUUAAUAUUGUGUAACCUCCCCUGACAAAAGAAGACACACAGGAUGUAUGUACGCUACAAAUGGUGCUGACCAUUGAAAGUCAUUUGUAACAAUGAUUAA